CUUUCAGGCCGGUGAACGUCAAAUGACGUGUUGCGUUACAUAGCAUUAUCUUACGGUGAACGUCAUUUGACGUUUUCCCUAGUGACCUUCAAAAACUGACCAAUAACUCUUUACCACUUCCUUAUAUGGGAAUGCCAUGUGCUUCAGUAGAUAGAGCGUGAAAUUUCAAACAACUUUCUUAUACAACUUGCGAUCAUUUGAACAAUAUCUACUGCGAUAAAUCACCGUUUUUUACACUGUUUUGAACUCCAUUUUGACCAAAUGGAUUCAUGGUUUGAAGAUAUCUUCGGAGAGUCCGAUGAUGAAGAGUUUGAGGGCUUUGAAAGCCAAGAAAUUGGCGGUUCAAGCUCGGAUAGCUCUUCCGAAGACGAAGGCCACGAGAGCGAAGACAUUGAAGACGAGAUUUGGUCCGAAAAACCUACCUGGGAACUUGUCUCCCCUAUCUUUCUUUGAGUUGUUUUUCAACUCAGAGGUGAUAGAACUCAUUGUGACCGAGACUAGUAAGUACGCGGUUCAAUGCAACCCUGACGAGUUUGACGACGAAGGAAGGAAGAAAGCUAAGGACGCGAAUUGGUUCGACAAAGAGGGAAACAUCAAACCUCUAACAGUCGAAGAACUGAAGGCGUUUCUCGGCAUCACCAUUAUGAUGGGCAUUGUGAAGCUUCCUUCGAUGAAGGAUUAUUGGAGCGAAAGUGAGCCAUUUUUAUACCAGCCUAACAUUGCAAGACCCAUCGUGAGAGACCGUUUCUUUGCCAUUUUGCGUUAUUUGCAUCUGUGCGAUAACACAACGGCGCCUGCGAGGGGCAGCGCAGAGUUCAAGCUCUACAAAGCGAAGCCAUUCCUCGACAUAAUUCAAGCGAAAUGCUUAGACAAUUUUGAGGCCUAUUUUGCUACAAAACGCGAAUUAUCAAUUGACGAAGCGAUGAUUAAGUAUAAAGGACGAUUAUCCUUCGUACAAUAUAUGCCAAUGAAGCCUACGAAACGAGGGAUCAAAGUAUUUUGCCUUUGCGACGCGAGCUCCGGCUAUAUGAUUACGUCCUCCAUCUACACCGGCAAAAAUCCCAACCAACGUGACGGCGGCAGUGUAAACAACAUUGUGACAGAGCUCGUGUCGCCGAUCAAGAACUGCGGGUAUUUUGUCUUUAUGGACAAUUAUUUCUCAAGUGUCGGACUUUUUCGAGAGCUGCAAAGUGAUCAAAUUUACGCCUGUGGAACACUGAGAAAGAACCGCCGCGAUUUCCCACCGUGCUUGAAGAACGUGAAGCUCGCCAAUCAAGGCGACUCGGCCUUCGGACAGAAAGGAAACAUGGUAGUCGUUUUAUGGCGAGAUAAAGCGGCGAACAAACCGGUGACUGUGUUGUCAACUAUGUGCGAGGCCGAGGGAGAUGACACAGUGACCCGGAGGAGAAAAAUCAACGGACAAUUCACCCAAGUGGAGAUCAACAGGCCGCCGAGUGUCUCUCUAUACUGCAAGCACAUGGGCGGCGUUGACCUCAGCGAUCAGCAUCGGUCAUACUAUACGGUAUCCUCUAGACGACACGUAAAAUGGUGGAAAUAUUUAUUUUACUUUUACAUGGACAUCUCAAUAAUCAACGCAUGGCAGUUCCAUGGACAGAGUGCUGAAGCGAAACUUACUAACUUCGAGUUUAGACUUGCACUCGCAAAGAGCCUCAUUGGAACUUACGAGGGAAGACAGCGAGCCGGACGUCCGCGCCUUCUCCCGGUUAUCGCGGAUGUCGAGCACUUUUCUGAGAAAUUGGCAGACAAGGCGAAAGCCUGUAAAAACUGCCAAUCGAAGAACAAGCGCCUAAAAGCUGGAAAUAAGGCAAAGGAAACGCGAAACGGGUGCCGAAAGUGCGAUGUUCACUUGUGCGUGGGAGACUGCUUUCGUGAAUGGCACCAGCAGCGCAGAGACGACAACAAAUAAACUGAAAUACGGACAUUCCCCUGCUUAAGGAAAGGACAUCAAUAACAUUAGAGCUUAGUUUAAUACUCCAUGCCACUGAAUUCUAGUUUCUAUAGCUUUCUGCUUAGGUAUAGUAAAUUGUUCUCUUGACAAAGACUGUACAAUAGGUGGAUUAGUGGCGGGAAAUUCAAAAACAUGAUUUUCAUUGCUUUGUAAUUCUCUUAAACCAAGCUUGUUUGACCCCAUUUUAGGCUUAAAAGAAUACUUAUUAUAUGGGGAGUAAGCAAUUUCUAUAUUGUUAGCUACAAUAAUCAGUAGUUUCCUUACAAUAAAGCAAUGUUUGAAGGUGACUAUAA